GACAAACUAGAAUUAUUUGAAUUCCGUGUGGAAAGAGGUCGGGUUAAUUUCGAGUGUUAUCUGCAAUCUAGAUGUUUAUAAAUCAUUUCAGUCGUUGAUAUAAUAAUUAAAGGUCGACUGAACAUGAAUUAUAUUAUACAAUUUAAAGCGCAUUUCUGUUUAUGCACGCGAACCCGUCUAACGUUAUUGUUAUUUCGCAGUUAUAUAAAGUAGCAAAUUAUCGUUCUUGAAUAGGUGGCGCCGUGGUAGCCGAUCCUGUUCUUCAACUUCCGGUUUCUGCACUGUGCAACGAUGCCAAGUACUUGUUGUUGUGUACCUGGAUGUCAUUUAAGAGGAGGACAUGCAUUUCCAAAUGACUUAAAAAGAAGGAAAAGUUGGAUCAACGCCAUGGCCCAUACGCAGAUUGGACGAGAACACGAUGAAAUCGUGGAGUCCAUCUCAAUCAGCUGUUGUUUGCAAGGCACAUUUUACUGAAAAAGACUACGUGCAGGAAACUAUUCAUGGGUGCAAACCCACCAUACAGAGACUUAAGUCUACUGCCAUUCCCAGCCUAUUUUCCUGGACCAAGCAAGAGACUGAAUCGUCCGCAAAAAGAAAAAUCAGGGCAGUUUCCUGUGAAAACAAAAGAACUAAACUUGAUGAAUAUUGUAGUAGAAAUCUAGAGGAAAGUUUUGAUUGUAAAGUUGGUUUUCCUGAAGAAGUCAUUCAUACUGCAGACAUGAUUUAUCCACCACCAACUGCCGAGCUAAUGUUGAGCUUCACAGAUGGAAUUACGCAAACACCAUCAAUGCCUAUAUUUUCAGCAGAGAAUUUUGACAUGAAGACACGUGACACAGCCAUGCAUUUAUAUACCGGUUUAGAGUUGUAACUUGUAUACUAAAUUUUUAUUUGUUUUGACCACACUUGGUCCAGCAGCACAUUGUUUGAGAUACAUAUAUUUUCAAAUUGAUAGGGUGUCAUUUGAAAAUCAGUUUUUUUAUGACUUUGAUGAAAUUGAGGCAUUAUACAACCAACUUUUAACUGUCUAGAUUCUAGAUUGAAACUAGUGUUGAGAAUAUUGUGUAAACAUGGAUUGUUUUUAUGUCUAAACAGUGGCGUGAGGCUAACACUUGUCCAUUUAGUGGUUUAGUCAGGUAUUUUUCGCCAUCCAACUUCAAAUUAAAGUUUCCUACAACUUGGAUUAUUAUUGACAGCACAGAAUAUCCCGUGAUAAAACAUAAAGCUCCUAGAGCUCAGGCAACCUUUUCAUCAUAUAAAAACAGAAACACUGAAAAUACUUGUAUGUUCGACUCCUGGUGGUUUAGUCAACUAUGUCUCUAAUGCAUAUGUUGGUUGUACCAGUGACUGUGAAAUAGUUGAAAGAUGUAGAAUAGUUCAAUUAUGUGAUCCAGGUGACAGUGUGAUGGCAGACAAAGGUUUAAAUGUGCAUGAUUUGUUUGCUCACUUUUUUCAAAAAAAGAAACAGAAUUAGUUCCAAAACUCUUAUACGGGAUAGAAAAGUCUCCAAUUAACACGUGCACAUAGAGCUAAUUAUUGGACUUGGCAAAACUUACAAAAUUCUAAUAAAUCCUAUGAAUGGAACUGAAACAAAACUUUCAUCUGAAAUAACAUUUAGUUGUUUUAUGUUGUGUAAUUUUAGAACUUGUAUUGUGCCAAAGGAUGCAUAAAUAAAAGUGACGCAAUGAA